AUGGUUUUGCAGGUUGUGGAACUUUUAAUCCGAAAAUUGGAAUGUGAGCCCAGUUUCCACCGUAAAGUGGACUUAUUUUUUCUUGUGGAUUCCAUCACCCAGUGUUCACAUAAUCAAAAAGGUGGCUUCCUCCUGCUCAAUGCCUAUUCUAUCAAUCUUGCUCUUUCAACCCUUGUAAAUGUUAGAGGAGCAAAGAAUGCCGUUCAUUCUGUAUCGAUAAUCAUCAACAAUGACUGUAUUGCUGGAGCUUCAUAUGUCCCUACGGUGCAAGCGGCAUUACCACGCCUUCUUGGUGCCGCUGCUCCACCAGGAGCUAGUGCUCGGGAAAAUCGUCGUCAGUGUUUAAAGGUCUUAAGGUUGUGGCUUGAGAGGAAAAUCUUACCUGAAUCUGUUUUGAGGCGCUAUAUGGAUGAUAUUGGAGGUUCAAAUGAUGAUGCCUCCGCUGGAUUUUCCCUUCGACGUCCAUCCCGAGCUGAACGAGCUAUAGAUGAUCCAAUCAGGGAAAUGGAAGGCAUGCUUGUGGAUGAAUAUGGCAGUAAUGCCACUUUUCAGUUGCCUGGCUUGUUAUCUUCUCAUGUGUUCGAGGAUGAUGAUGAUGACUUUCCGGGCAGUCCAUUUAAGGAAGGUGAUGGUGUGUUGGUAGUUACAGAAUCAACCCAUGCUUUAGGGGAGAGAGAAACAUGUACUUUCACUCCAAAUGACAGGCGCCACUGCAUCUUAGAGGAUGUGGAUGUUGAACUUGAAAUGGAAGAUGUGUCUGGACACCAAAAGGAUGAAAGACCCUCAUCCACAGGUGGUUCUUUUGAAAUGGAACCACAGCAGCAUUGCUCAGAUAGGUUACCAGAACCUGCAGUAAAUGAUUCUGUUGAGUUGCUGCCUCUACCAGAUGGGUCUCCACCACCACCUCCUAAUUCUCCUCCUCCACCUCCGCCUUUGCCUUCCUCUCCACCGCCGCUGCUACCACCUCCACCCUCAACAUCUCCAUCACCGCCGCCUCCACCUCCACCUCCACCUCUUCCAUCACAACCGCCACCUCCUCUUCCUCCUGUGCCACCUUCAGCUCCCCUUCCAACUGUGGUACCUCAGCCAUCUGGACCAAGUCAACCUUCUUUACUAGCAAAACCAAUACGACCAUCUCAGUCAUCUGUACAGUCCUCACCUCAGUUGGCAUAUCAAUCAGCAGUACCGCAUGAAUACUGUGCUACACCUGGUAAUAAUCAAAUUGUCCAAAUGGCUGGAAGUACUCCUCAUGGGAAUCAUAUGUUUUUAAAUCCUCAAGCUCCUCAACAAAACCAACAUUUUCAGCCGGUUAAUGCACCUUUUGCACAAAGACCUCUGCAUCCGAACCUACCACAAACUGCAUCUGGUCAUUUCUCAUUUACAAAGCCACCAAUUCAGCAGCAUCCUCAGCAUCCUUAUCCCCGUCCAUACCCUAUGCCAUCACAUCCUGAUGGACGGCCGCGAUUUGCUACUGAUGAACAGUGGAGGAUGCCUUCAAGCGAAUAUGCAGAUAAUCAGCAUGGUGCAUGGAUGGGUGGAAGAAAUCCAUCACAUGCAGGCCCUUCUUUUGGCCAGGAAGGUUACUUUCGGCCACCACCUCCAAAUAAUAUGGGUUUUCAGGUUGCCCCCACCAAUAAUAUACCUGCUGGAACUCCCAUUCCAGGUCAUGGUGUUUCACAGAUGUUGCCAUGUAGACCAGACAUGCCUGCCCUAAACUGCUGGAGGCCAGCUUAA